UUUUCAUAGCAUUCUGUCACCUGGGUACCCAGCACACUGACCCUCAGCAGAAAGGUGUGUUUCUGAGGCACCAUGAACAUUACCUUGGAUGCCUAUUUCUGCAAGGAGUCAGUGUUGUAUGGGGAUGAUAACCUGAUCCUGCUGCAUUACAACUUCACCGGGCGACUGAUUGGACGAUCAACUGAAAUGCUCACCUUCACCAACCUGUUAGGCGUGUUGAUCAGCCUUUUUAUCAUGGUGGAGAAUAUAACUGUGCUGGUGGCACUUUGCUGGUAUCUACGUUUGAGGCGUUGGGUUCACUGCUGUUUAGCCAAUAUUGCCUUCAGUGAUUUUAUGGCUGGCUUUUCUUACUUGCUCAAUGUCUCACUCUCAGGACCCGUCACCUUCCUCCUGAACACAAAGCUUUGGUUUCUGAGAGAGGGUUUGCUUUUCACAACAUUGGCAGCCUCCAUCUUCAGUCUGCUGGUAACUGCAGUAGAACGCUACAGCACUAUGGUCCUUCCAGUUUCGGAAACACGCUUAGGGAAGAGCAUGCGGGUUCAAGGGCUGAUUGCCUUAUGCUGGUUACUGGCUAUUGUGGUUGGGUUCUUACCUCUAUUUGGGUGGAAUUGCCUGUGCCAAAUUGAAAAUUGCUCCAGUCUGCUUCCUCUCUACUCUAGGCAUUAUUUGCUGUUCAGCCUUAUCCUUUUGGGGGCCACCUUGCUUGGCAUCAUUGGCUUUUACUGCACCAUAUACUUCUUGGUUUGCACUAGUGCCAAGCGAGUGGCAAUAACUAACCAGAGCCGGAGAUCCUUCCACCUGCUCCAGACUGUUCUCAUCAUCCUGGGCUGCUUUGUCAUCUGUUGGAGUCCACUGUUCUUCUUUCUGUUGGUGGAUUGCUCCUGCUCCCCACCUGCCUGCAAAUCUCCAUUGAAACUGGAAUGGGUUCUUGCUAUGGCUGUCCUUAACUCAGCUCUCAAUCCACUAAUUUACUCCUUCCGCAGUUCUGAAGUGCGCAAGGCGCUGAUGGCAUUGUGCUGCUGUGUCUGUAUUCAGGCUGGGGUCAGGCUACCUCCAUGUUGCCAAGUUGGAAAAGACAUUACCUCCGGCUCAUCAAAUGAGAGUUCACUGAGAAGGAGAAGCAGUGUACGUCUUUCACGUGCACUAAGCAUUAGGAGUCCACUCACCAGUAUAUCUAGUGUGCCAAGUCAGUAAGAUGGCUCUUUAUGUUAGAAUACAGAGGCCUCAAUAAUUCACUCUGUCUGUAACUGACAAAACCUCAAAAUACCGGGACAAUAUUAGUAUUCUCUCACAAGUGUAUGUAUAGAUACAUGUAAAAUAAAAAUAUAUAAAAUAAUAUAAAUAUAUAUAAAUAUUCACUCAUACCCAUAAGAAGCUAGGAUUGGCUCACUCACUAGUACAUCUAGUAGAGUUAAUCUGUUCAGUAGUAAACAUGCAAGCCACCAUGGGAGCCCAGAGGUAGUGGUAAGAGGGGGCAAAUCUUGGAACUUUGUUCUUUAUAUCUAAGUAAAAGCAACCACCUAAGUGACACUUUUAAUGCCAAUGAGCCACCAAUUAAAAAUAUAAUGUGCAGCUCAUAUAACAAAUAUGCAUCUCUCUCCUGCAAUAAAUGUUGCAACUGAUAUUAAUAAUGUACUGUGAAUUGCAUUUCAUAUUUUUUUGCCCACCCCCCCACCUACAAAACCUUCUGUGUAGCCCAUGCAAGCAACAAGUACACAACUAUGCACUGUAUUAAAGAGGCAUUAAAGUGAUUUUGAACUUUGUUGCCUCUAAAAUAUGGCAUAUUAAAAUGUAUUACAAUUUUGUUUUUUUGUCAAAUAGAUAUUACUGUGCUGACUUUUUUUUCUUUUUAUGCAUAUGAGCCAUGUCACUGUUGACCAACAAAACAGUAGCAGUUCUGCUUAGCAGACAGUAAGCUUCUAUAUCUCACAUAAUUCCACAAACAUGCACUUUUUGUUAGCUCAAAAAUCAAAAUACAAACCUUAUGCUUAAAGGGAUAUGAAACCCAAACAUUUAUUUUGUGAUUCAGACAGAGCAUACAAUUUAAAAAAAAGUUUCCAAUUUACUUCUAUUAUCAAAUUUGCUUUGUCUCCAUGGUAAUCUUUGUUAAAGAGAUACCGAGGUAGGCAUCUGGAGCACUACAAGGCAGAAAUAGUGCUGCCAUCUAGUGGUCUUGCAAAUGGAUAACAUUCUAGCAAAUCUGCUGUCAUAUAGUGCUCCAGACACAUGCACGCUCCUGAGAUUAUGUCCCUGCUUUCAACAAAAGAUACCAAGAAAACAAAGAAAAUUUGAUAAUAGAAGUAAAUUAGAAAGUUGUUUAAAAUUGCCUGAUCUUUCGGAAUCAUGAAAAAAUUAAUGUUUCAUGUCUCUUUAACAUUUUGCAUGAAAAAAAUUGGUUUAACCUAUGAAAUAUGCCAUAAAUAUUAGUUUAGCAUAACUCUAAUUAAAUCCCCAUAAAGAAAUAUAAGAAAUCUUCCUAAGGACUUAAAAUAUUUUUAAGGAAAAGCUAAAUGUUUGCAUUCUGCAAAUGUAUCCUAAAAUAUAUACCCAAAUGGAACAUUACAUACACUUUCUUAAAUGCCAAUAAAACAAUGAAAUGAGGCAUAUACUGACAAUGAAAAUGUACACUGUAUCAUAAUCUUCAUGUAUAUGAAUAUAUCUAUGUAUAUAAAUG